UCAUCCCGAAUCGGUGUUCGGCUGCUCGGAAGGUCCCAGCACGGUCCCCGCACCGCAGCCAUGGGCAAAGUGAAGACCUUCGCGAUCCUCUACAACCGCCCCACCUACUCUUGCGGGGAGCUGGUCUCCGGACGGAUUGUGGUGGAACUUACGGAGCAGAUCGAGGUUAAACUUCUGAAAAUCCACGCCAAGGGCCAUGCCUUCGUUCGCUGGACCGAAGGACACGCUGGUUCGACCUCCAACCACACGCGGGUUUAUACUCAGGAGCGUCGAUUCUUCAAACACGACUACCUUCUCACUGGAACGGCCUCUGAGAAGUCUAGUCUGUAUCGUCUAGAGGCUCCAAGAGCAUCAUGGGUGCCUUGUACAGAGAACGUGUCAACAACACAAGUAACUCCACGAAUGGAUAGACUGAAAGCUACGAUGAAGGCUUGCAGCUUUACCAACAUUUCUCAAGCGGGGUGGAGCGCAUCGCCGGCUCCCAGCCCAGAGUCAGACAUCAUCCCGAAUCGGUGUUCGGCUGCUCGGAAGGUCCCAGCACGGUCCCCGCACCGCAGCCAUGGGCAAAGUGAAGACCUUCGCGAUCGCUACGACCGCCCCACCUACUCCUGCGGGGAGCUGGUCUCCGGACGGAUUGUGGUGGAGCUUACGGAGCACGGAGCAGGGAGCAGAUCGAGGUUAAACUUCUGA